AGGGAUCGGUAGUGGCUAAUAGGACGGUGACGACGACCGCCGAGCACAGCCUGAACGGGCAGGAGAGCCAACCUCGGCGGAAGUCGUGACAACCUUGCUGGACCCAGUGGAUGUCAACAAGUCCAAAGGCAGAAAAAAAAGUAUUCCCAGUGGGAUCCCCCUCCCACCGGGGCUCAAGCCGCCCACAGAGCCAGCUUAGCCACGAAGAACCUCCACAGGAGAGGCCUGAUAGAGAGGCAUCUCCACCCUCCUACCUACCAACCACCUCCACCACAUCACCCAGGUACCCAUCCACGGUGGACAGUCCUACUGAGCUGACCGAGGACCCUCUGGCCAACUGUACCAUUCUCUACCAGAUGGUGGCACUGUGUGACUAUGCAGCUGAGGGACCAGAGGAUUUGGAGUUCAGCGAGGGAGACACCAUUGACAUUCUCAGUGAAGUCAAUGAAGACAGGCUGGAGGGUCACUGUGCUGGCAUCUUCCCCAGACUUUUUGCCUACCGGGAAAGGGAGGCCCCCUCAACCAUCGAUCAGAUGACCCUGUUGCUAUCAAACAAGAAAUAGGCUCAACUCUUGCUCACAGUUAACAACUUGAUACUUUAUUUAUCUAAUUCAAGUUAAAAUGAUGACGGCUGUCAACGGCCUUCAUCAGAAUCAGUACGGAGACGAUGCAGCAUGUCAUCUCUUGGUGUGCUUCUGUGGUUGUCUGCUGGAGGACUACAUCAUUGGGUUUGCUGCAUGCCUGACCAAGCCACGGACAUUUUCCAUCCACUCAGAGGGAAUAGAGUGGGCAUACUGGUUAGCAUUUGACCAACAGGUCAAACUUAAAGUGUUUCACCUCUUCUACUUACUGUCAACUACUGUUAUACUCUUAUAUGGUUGUUACUUCCUCCAUGAUCAUGUAAACCUGUUAAACUAAAGAAGAUCUAGUGGUAAGAAUGGUGAUGUUCACUUUUGUUGAAGAAAACAGAAUAAGUCUGUUGUGGAAAUUCUACACAGGGACACUCGAAAUCAAUCUUAAAGGAAUCAUUGUUUAUUAACAGUCAACUGGGGAGGUUCCUACAAACUUGAUGCACCAUAGAACAUAUCUGCCAUCGGGGCAUUCCUGUUAGAUCUCUUAUAUACAGCUUACAGACACAUUACAUAGGCAGGAUUUAGCUUGUUCCUCAUUCAUAAUGAAUUCUUCAUUCAUGUUUGGUUCAUGCAUGUGACAGACCAAUACCUCACGAGGCUUCUUCUCUCCAAGCUGUGACCUUGAAAGGGAGAUAACCUUUCGUUCUCAAAACAAGGGUCUGGGCAUACAGAUAGUGAGGAUCUGUUCAAUCAGGCACUUACAUGAACACAGAAAUUGGUUACUAGAAAAGCACAAACACAACUCAAUUCAUGAAAUAGGACAUGCAAUGCAAUAAUCCCAUUCCCUAAUUCCAUUAAAGCUAAUUUACUUGAUUGCCCACAUUGAACAAACUUCAUAACAUGUAUGGACUUCCAAUCGUUCUUAACAGGGCUCUGGACUGACUGGUAGAAAAAUAGAAGCCUGAGUCUGUGUGAAUGAAGUGUAAGGGUAGAGGACCUUGACUGUAUCCCAAAUAGCACCCUUUUCCAUAUGUAGUGCACCGCAUUUAACCAGGGCCUACAAGGCUCUGGUCAAAAGUAGUGCGCUGUGUAGGGAAUAGGGAGACAUUUGGCACUCACAUCUUAGUUGGCUGUGCAGUAGAAGUGCAGUGGUCUAGGCUUUAGUUAGUCACUACACAGGAAAAUGUCAGGUACUUUUAGCUGUCGUCACAAAUGAUAGUUAUGAAAAAGAAGGGGCGCAAUGAAGCAUCAAAGAACUCCAUUCAGAUGGCUUAUUAAACCAGAGUCCUUUAGUAAUUAGUCUGUUCCCAUGUGAAGCAUUUACGUCCACCCACCCAUCCUCUGGUAGAACUCAGGGACUAUUGUUGUACACCUACCAGGGAUAAUGGAUGCAUUAUGUGGUGCAUACACAAUCUAUUUGAGAGUGUGAAUAAUGUAGUCAACAACAGGGAAUCUGUAUUACAGGGUAACUCCUACAUAUUUACAUCAUUGAUGAGAUGACGCUUGCAAAAUGAAUGACAAAAUCGUGUGUUCAAAACUAUCCCAAACCAAACACACCUGGUCUGAUUCUAUACUGAACAAACAAUAUAAAACGCAACAUGUAAA